AUGCACGACACUAACCUCUACAACUGCUCCUGGCCAGGCUCGCAGACACACCCUUACCUCAAUUGCACCUAUACUCCUCAGGAUAAUCGGUUCCCGUCGGUAACGGCGUUCAUAGUCGACCUCAAGACGCUUGACACCAUGACCUUUUUCCGAACGAUGACUCAGACCUUUGCUGAGCAUGACCUCUCAUCGCUCAUGAGAUUCACAGCAGUCAAAACUCUUGGAGAUCUUGCACACACUAGUAAUGGGACUAAAGUACCAAGUGACGCGGAGGUGACGACGUGUUCCAUGGAGUUUUGUGUUCACACGCAUCGCAACGUUGCAGUUCGUAACGCGCGCCUCGAAUCGAAAAACUACACGACAAAGCUACCACCCAUGCCUGACCGCUUCGAAAAUGCAACUUCCAUGAGAUGGCACCCGAAUCCCAAAACGGGAGUAUAUACUCUCCACGACGCAGCGAGUAACUCGUCGCGCACCUACCGUAUUUCUGCCGAAACGGCGUACAACUGGCAGAAUUACUUUUCAAAGUUCUUUACCUUGCUUGUCGGAGACGAUGGUAGUUCAGAGGUACACGUGAAGAUGGAGGAAGUGGACGACAUAUCCAAUACAGCAGCAGCCUCCCUGUACACCAGCAACAUCUCCGAAGUCGUCGACAACGUCGCACGCACUGUGACGCACCUUAUGCGCAGCGACGACAACCACAAUACCACGCAGAUGUUGGGCAACACCUACAUCACUGAGACAUACAUCCAUGUCGAGUGGGUUUGGCUUGCCGUCCCUCUGCUCAUCACGACACUUUCAGUCUUGCUUCUCGUCCUGUCAAUCAUGCAGAGCUCGUCGAAACUGGUUUUGACGAACAGAGACGCCAGAGUCUCUGAACACCGUGGCUAA